CUCACGACAAAUCGACACCACACCUCCACCAUCACGAAGGUAGAGGAUACCGGCAACCCUUCCGACAUCUGUCUUCUCACCACCGUGAAGCAGGACAAAAAUGUCGACCUUCGAGCCAACCAUCACGAUCGAUGGCAAGGGUCAUCUCCUCGGUCGGCUGGCAAGCACUGUCGCUAAGCAGUUGCUCAAUGGCCAGAAGAUCGUCGUUGUGCGCUGUGAGGCCUUGAACAUCUCCGGAGAGUUCUUCCGUGCGAAGCUAAAGUACCACGCCUACCUCCGAAAGAUGACCCGAUACAACCCAACUCGAGGAGGUCCUUUCCAUUUCCGUGCUCCGUCAAGAAUCUUCUACAAGACCGUCCGUGGCAUGAUUCCCCACAAGACCGCCCGCGGUGCCGCUGCUAUGGAGAGACUCAAGGUUUUCGAGGGUGUCCCGCCGCCAUAUGACAAGAUCAAGAGAGUUGUUGUCCCGCAAGCAUUGAGGGUAUUGAGAUUGAAGCCCGGCCGAAAGUACUGCACGGUUGGCAGGUUGAGCCAUGAAGUCGGCUGGAAGUACCAAGAUGUUGUUGCUAGACUUGAGGAGAGACGAAAGGUUAAGGGCGCAGCAUACUAUGCACGCAAGAAGGCGGCAAGAAAACAACUAUCGGACGCCCAAAAGAGCGCGAAGGUUGACGGCAAGACCAAGAAGCAGUUGGCCGAGUACGGUUACUAGACAUUCCUCGGGAGUUGAUUCUGCUUUUCGGGAUGGUUUGGGGCUGUUCAUGUUUCCUGCUGCGGUUUUCGUAUUCUGCGUCAGCAUCAACACCUUUUCAAUGCUUUGUUCGAGCCUUUCGUUUGGCGAGAUCCCAAGGCCUGGUUACACCACAAUCAUACGCAUACACUGGUCGGAGGGGUUGCUAUCAUCGAAAAGAGCGUUGAUAUCUGGGAACUCUGCUGUGUAUAAGCUUUCGUCUUGCAUGCCAUAAGGAAAUGAAUCCGAAUAAAGAAUAAGAAUAGAGGCGUCUUUGGACCUGUGACAUGGAGAGGACUUGAUAUGCUAAUGAUAUUGAUGGAAGGCCUCAUAAUUG